UUUGGUCCAUAUUUUAGGGUAGGAGUGCACAGAACUCAACUAUCAGUCGCGUAGAUAAUGUGCGGAAGGGCUCGCUGCACUCUGAACGCGGCGCAGGUGGCCAGGGCCUGCGGCCUCCAGGACGACGAUGCCGAUUCCGUCCGCACCGUUGAAAUGGACCGUUUUCAUCCCUCUUACAACGUGUCUCCGGGCUCUUACUUGCCGGUGUUCGCGGCGCGCAGGGACGUCGAGGGGUCACAAGUUGGAGACCUCUGUGGCGCUGUCCACUGUAUGAAGUGGGGGCUUAUCCCAAGCUUCACAAAGAAAACAGAGAAGCCUGACCACUACAGAAUGUUCAAUGCUAGAUCGGAGUCUGUUAAAGAAAAGGCAUCUUUUAGGCGCCUCAUUCCACAAAAUCGGUGCCUUGUGGCAGUAGAAGGAUACUACGAGUGGAAGAAAGAUGGAUCCAAAAAGCAACCAUACUAUAUACAUUUUAAGGAUGGAAGGCCUCUCGUUUUUGCUGCGCUUUAUGAUUUGUGGAAAGAAUCAGAAGGUGAGAUACUAUACACCUUCACAAUUUUGACAACCCGUUCCUCAACGUCCUUGGAAUGGCUUCAUGAUAGAAUGCCUGUGAUAUUUGGAAGUAAGGACACCAUUGAUACGUGGUUAAGUAAUUCUCUCCUCAAACUUGAGGCAGUUCUUACUCCUUACGCAGAUUUUGAUCUGGUGUGGUAUCCUGUUACUCCUGCAAUGGGAAAACCAUCUUUUGAAGGGCCUGAAUGUAUCAAAGAGAUACAAUUGAAACCUUCUGUUCAAAAUCAAAUAUCUAUGUUGUUUUCGAAGACGAGUGAUAAUAACAUCAACAAAUGCAAGGCAGAGCCAGAAUUUAUGAAAUCAGCUGAUGAUUUCUCUGAAAAUGAGAAUCCCAAGUCUUUGAAGGAGGAACCUGCUAUGGUAGACACUAAAGAGCUUGCAGAUGAAAAGAGACGCAAGUCUGAUGGCUCUCCAUCGGCACAAAAAAGAGAUGCUGGCCCAGAACUUCGUGGUAUUAAGCGAGAUCUUGAGGAGAUGGAACCUGAUUUUGAUGUUAAAACUGAGUUAUCCGAUAGCUACUCCACGUCAGUGAAGAAAAAGCUACAAAGCGGAGGCAAGCAAUCAUCGCUUCUUUUAUAUUUUGGAAGAAAAUAGGGAACAAUGGCACUUCUUUCAUCGGGCUUGCUGUUUUUGUUAAGAACUCUUGUGCAUAUGCAAACGAGAAGAACCCCAAGCUUCAUUACAAAAAUAUUUUGAUGCGUGCCAAAUGAGUGUCUGGAAAGCAUCUUUGUAUGCAUUUUUUGUGAACUGGCACUGCAUUUUUUGAAGAAUCGCAAGUCUAAACAUAAAAAAAAUGAGAUAAUUUUGUUUCCAUUA